GUCAUUGCUACAGAUAAGGGUUUAAACAUUAGAUUGACGCCUCAAUGUAUCCUUUCUAUCAGGUAUUGGUAUACAACAAGUUUUCGUAGAUCAGUGAUCAAAGGGUGGUCCACACGUUUUCAGACAGGGUUAGGUGAAUGCAGGCACUAACAGAGACAUUGGCUUGUCCUGCCAUAGGACUGACCAUGAAUAGAAUAAUAUCCUACAACCGACAAUUGAUUCAGCCUAGGAUAUUGGACAGGAGCCUACACCCCAGGACCUUUUUCACAGGAAGCAUAUACAGUGCCGUUAAUGGUCAUGGAGUGUCACCUGACGUUCCAAGCAGUGCCCGAGUCGUCAUUGGUGGGGGUGGAAUUGUAGGGUCUUCUGUAGCCUUCCACCUGGCCGAGAGGGGGUGGACCGAUGUCACUUUAUUAGAGCAGGGCAGGUUAACGUGCGGGACGACAUGGCACGCCGUGGGAUUGGUAGGUCAGGUCCGAGACACCCUGUCGACUACCAAGCUGAUGGGAUACAGUAGACAGCUCUACAAAGAGCUGGACAAGGAGUAUGGCGUGGGUCUGAAGGAAUGUGGAAGUAUCACCGUCGCUCAGACCCCGGACAGAAUGACGCUGUUACGACGAAGCCAUGCCAUAGCCAAAGCUGCUGGUGUAGAAUCUACUUUAGUGACAAAGUCUGAAAUACAAAAGCUAUGUAAAUGGAUUCGAACUGAUGACAUUCAGGGCGGGUUGUGGAUUCCGGGAGAUGGAGCUCUCACUGCGCCUGACCUAGCCAUGGCUUAUUCCAAGUCAGCCAAGUCAAAAGGUGUACAAAUCAUAGAGGGGGUUAAAGUGAACAAAAUUAACACACUCGAUGGCAUGGUGUCCGGUGUCCAAACCUCACACGGCGACAUCAGCUGUGAAUACUUCGUCAACUGCUCUGGACAGUGGAGUAAAAACCUUGGACAGAUGUCUGAACCGUCUGUAAACAUACCUCAACAUCCACUGGAGCACUUCUACAUCGUCAGUCAGCCAAUAGAAGGCCUCGAUAGGAUGAUGCCAGUGGUGAGAGACUAUGAUGGUUUGAUUUACGCACGUGAAUGGAGUGGCGGGAUAAUGACCGGAGGAUUUGAACCUAAAGGCAAACCUGUGUUCGGGGAGACCAUACCAGACAAAUUUGAAUUCCAGCUGUUGUCGGAGGAUUGGGACCACUUUCAGGUACUGAUGGACGGAAUACUGAAUAGAUUUCCGAUACUAGAGACAACACAGAUACGACAAUUUGUGAACGGUCCGGAAUCCUUUACCCCAGACAAUACGUGGAAUGUGGGAGAAUCUGCCGAGGUGAAGAACUAUUUUGUGGCCACGGGAAUGGGUUCCAAUGGUAUAGCUGGGUCGGGAGGACUAGGCCGACACAUGGCGGAACUCAUCACCGGGGAGCCUACCUCGGUUAAUCUAUCAUCUGUUGACGUGAAAAGACACGCAACACAGCAGGCUGAUAUUCAUUACCUUGCUGAAAGGUGUGCGGAAGUCAUAGGUCGUUACAGACUUCGUUAUCCCGAUGAUCAGUACAGAACUGCCAGAGGACUUCUCGUUUCCCCUCUUCAUUCAGAACUCAUGGCAGCAGGGGCAUGCUUUGGAGAAGACAGUGCCUAUGAAAAGCCUUUAUGGUUUUCGAAAAAUAACGAUCCAUACAAUGCAGCUAGAGGUACGUUCGGGAAGCCCUCUUGGCUGGAGCCGGUGAGAGCUGAGUACAUGGCUUGCAAAGCAGACGUGGGGGUGUUUGACGUCUCUUGCUUUACAAAGAUUGAGAUCAAGUCACCAGGUUGUGAGGCUUUAGACGCUCUGCAGACGCUCGCGUGCAGCUCCAUCUCUUCCAAGGAAGGGGAGGUUUCUAAGACAGGCAUGCUCAACAUUCAUGGCGGCUUUGAGCUCAUAUGUGACGUUAUCACAACAAGUAAUAACAGUUUUAUUUUACUUUGCCCCUCAACCCAAAAAGUCCGAUGCAUCACGUGGAUACGACGCCAUAUCCCCACAACCGUUGAAGUCAAUGAUAUCAGUGAGAAAUACGCUGCACUUCAUCUGAUAGGGGAAAAUGCCAUCAACAUUUUAUCAGAUGUCACUGACGAAAAGAUAACAAUUAGUCCCCAAUCUAGUUCACAGGUGCUAAGUAUUGGUCAACUCAAGAACAUCACAAUACUACGACAGAAUUUAGCCGGGGUGGCGGGGACCACUGUUCUUGUCCCUUCAGAGGGUUCAUCAGAGGUUUAUGGGAUGCUAAUGAACACGGGUGAGAGGUUCGGGAUAAAAAACGCCGGCCAUCAUACCCUGCGUCUACUACAGACAGAGAACAAUUGUCCCCAGUGGCUGAGAGAUUUUACGUCACGUGACACACCAUUGGUAACCGGUAUGGCGGAUAUGGUUGGUUAUCAGAAGGAAUCUUUCAUCGGAAAGGAAGCAAUAGUUAAAGCAAACAAGCCAAAUGCCUGUAUUGUAUGUCUGGAAUUACAAGACUUCAGUGUUGAGGAGGAUUCUUGGGUAUGGGGAGGGGAGCCAAUUUACUGCGAUGAUACGAUAGCCGGUUCCGUAUCCUCCACUGGAUUCGACUUUUCCAGUGAUACAGUGUUAUGUAUGGGGAGUGUGUCGAUACCUAGAGAUAAGCUAAAGGAUAGGUUAUUCCAGGUAGAUGUCAGUGGCAAAUCGUAUAAAGCUGUUUUGAAAUGACAAUUAGAAAUUAAGAAUAUAUAGAGGCCUCUUUAAUGAGCCUCGUUAUGAGGCCUCUUACGGAUUUUGCAAUAAAUGGUAUAAAGUGCCAAUCUCGACCAUACCAAUCAAUGAGUUUCCAAUGGAUCAACAUUAUUAUUGAGAUAUGAUGCAUUUUAUCUUUUUAUCUUUCUUUCUAUGGACCUUAUUUAUAUAAUUAUCUCCAUUAUCUACACAAGAGCAAAUGUGGUAUAGCAUAACAUUACUUGCUACAAAUCGUUUACCACGACUUAAGAAACGUCAAUGGGAGAUGUUCAUCGUAGUAGCUUAACAUAAGAUAUACAAUCACUGUCUAAACAAUCCGUGUGGUUCUACCGUUCACCAACGAGACUGACGUACAGACAGACAGGGGUCAUCAUAACUUUGGCACGGACACACAAUUCUAGGUCUUGACGUCAUCAAACAGAUGAGUGAUGAUAUCACAAAAUGUUUCAAACCUUGUAAAACUACAGGCUCAGGUAUAUCUAAAAUAACUGGACGAAAGUUAAAUAACUAUGCUCCUAACAAUCAACUUCCUCUCCGUUUAUGUCCAUAUAUGACUUUUAUAUAAUGUAUGCUAUGCUAACUGCAAAGACGUAAUAUCGGGUCGUUUUCGGAACUGAGAUAUACAGAGAAGUUAUCAUCAGUGUAUUCAACAGUGACAAUGUUAGUAACCACAGUGACCAUGGAGGUGUUACAUGUAUCGGUUACUGAUUACGGACAUGUUGUACAGACCUCAGUUGUCGAGAUUAAUGACAAAAAUGUUUUGAAGACUCGGAUAUUGUAGUUUCUUAAAAUGUUCCAAAUAGCUCAAAAAGGACGGUUGUGGAAGUGUGUUAAAGGUUUGUUGAAGUUUUCUGCAUGGAUCAGAUAUUGUGUUUAUGGAAUAAUCCACUACAGGAGUUCAGAUAUGGUACUUCAGAAAGUAUCCCAAAUAUCUUAGAUUUAGUGGCAAUAGUAAGGUCUGAUCAAUCGACACGUUGAUGUUAUGGAAGAAAUAAGUAGCCUAUCGGACAGCAGUUGAUAAUAUUUCGUGUAAAGAAGUAUGAAACGGUUUAUUUCAUCACCUGAAAUAUAGAACUAAUGAAAUACAAAAUGUAACUGUAAAAAUGUAUUAUUGUAUGUACAUUUAUUAUGAUACAUUGCCAAGAGCAUGAUUUCAAAGAUUUACAGGAAAUAACCUGUUUUAUUUUUAUUGACAGUACAUGUACAAUGUAUUUUGUAACCUUUUACAUGUAUAAUUGCCUCACAUUUAUUU